AUCGUAUCGUGUAAAGAUGGCCACCCUGAGGCAUGUCUUAAAGGUUAUUCAUACACCAAGAUCAAUAGGACCUCAAGUUUUUGUUUUAAUAAACUUGCAGCACGGUUCAAAAAUACCAUGUUUUGAAAAGAAAGUAAUCUUUUCAUUUCCUAAAACAGAAAUUCAGUCAAGUGUACAUAUUACCUCAAGUCGAUUGUUUACCUCAUCAGGUGAGCAAAAAACACCCCAAGUUGAAGAUGACUCGAAAACGCAAUGCCUAACAUUUGGGGCCAACCCAUUCGACCCAUCAGUGGUUGAGAACCUACUUAAUACUAUGGAAGGUGACUUGCCAGUUUCUGAUAUGCCUAAUCCAUAUGCCAAGGAAUAUCGCCGUUGCUUCCUAUGCAAACAAAAUGUUCAUUUGGAUCACAAAAAUGUGCGUUUGCUCAGCCAAUUUGUUUCACCAUAUACAGGACGAAUUUAUGGACGAGCAGUCACAGGGCUCUGCAUUCCUAUGCAAAAGCAUGUGUCUAACCUUAUAAAACGAUCAAGAAAUUCUGGUUACAUGCCUGUACUUUUAAAAGACCCUAAAUAUUUACGUGAUCCUCAACCUUAUGAUGCAAUGUCAAAGAAGUUUUAAUGGUUCUUUUCAACAAGUGAUGUCACAUUAUUCAUUGAUGCAAGCUAGAAGAAUGUGAGCAAAUGAAAAUGUGCAUUCUAUUCCAAUUUUUUUUCAAAUGUAGUUGACAAAAAGAUCAUACAACUUACUACAAAUAACAAUAUACGCUUCACACUUGAUUUCUUUGAAUCUAGAUUUUUUAUAAUUCAUAUUUGAGUAUAUUCUUUUAGUGUUAUAUGACAGCUACAUCAAUCAUGUAAGGAAUGAAGUCUUAGGAAGAAGCAAUACUGGUAGACAGAAUCUGCAAACUCAAGUUCUUCCGAUCAACAUUGCAAGGCACAUUUAACACCUACCAUAGUACUGUAUACCUAAAGCUAAAACUUCAAUUACCAAGCAUCUCCAGAAGAAAAGUGGAUAACAUGUGAGGGACACAUUUUUAAGGGCCUGGCUAAAUGGUCCCUGUCAAAGCUGAAAAGAAGUGACUUACAGUGUACAGAGAUAAGUGAAAAUUAUUGCUCUCCAAUGCAAAACAUAGUGUGGGAGAAAUUAAAGGAGACAGUGUUAAUUUUAAACAUAAAAACAGGAUUUAUUUAAUUUUGACUGAAUCUUAAUUAGAACAAUUUUCAUACUGUAAUAAAAAAAAUAUGUAAAUGUAUUUUGUGAUUCAUAUGUAAAGCUUACAUGAUUUUCACAACUUAGUUAGGUUCCAUCCAAAAUUAAAUGGAAAGUUAAACCAACUUGACCUUGAUUAUGCACAUCGAGCUCUUUUGAUUGAAAAGGACAAAUUAAAAUUAAAACAUGCCAUAUCCAUUUUACAAAGUGUAUAAGAGACAACAGUACAAUGACGUUGUUACCCAUUUGUCAAGUGCUAUUAUGUUUUUUAAGUCAGGACUACUCAAACUAUGGCAUGUGAUCCAGUCCACCUGGCUGUUGCAUGGGUACACAUGGCAAUGACCAUCUUAUUAGCCAAAAUCAUGCCAAUAUGUCCCAUUGAAAUGCUAAGAAAUUUAUCUUGAUAAAAUUGUGAUUGGUACCACAUUUUACAAAUAACAUAUGCGCAAUAUGCACAGAUUUUCACUUAUGAUUUAAAAAACAAAACUAUUAUAAUUAUAGUCCAGCCCGUUAACCAUGACUGAGGGACAGUCAACUGCUCCCUUGUUAAAAAAGUUUGAGAACCUCUAAUAUCAGUAAAACGUGAAAUUGCAUAUACUGCUAUUGGUUUUCUAUAUUAUUUUAGUUAAGCAUCUUCAUCAGAUUUAUCUGAAUAGCUUGUUUUGUUUUAUUCCAUGCUUGUUUCAAUCUUUAAAUAAAAUCUUAUUCAGCUGUAUAAAGUAAGCAUCAGAUUAGAGGAAUGGAUGUUGCAGGGGGUAAUGUCAAAAUUGUAUCAAAGCCGUUUAUUCAACUGCAAUAAUUUUUUCCUGGCAGUUUUAAAAAUUCCAUCUAAUGGUACUGUAUGCUAACUUAAUUUUACAGGUCAUAUUUCAAGAUUGACAAUAGUCUAUUGGAACUUUAUUAGCACUACUGUACCAAUACACUUGAACAAUGAAAAAAGUAAAUGAAUUUGCAACAUGUUAGAUUUGUCUGAAAUUUUGUGUGUAGAUGUAAUUCAAAGAUUUUCUAGCAUUGUUAAAUAACUUUAUAUGUGGAAAAAAUGCCGCCGUCAUUCAAUUGUCAAGUCAUUUAUUUUUUUAAAAAGCUAUGGUAAUGAACUACUUGUCAUUGUCCCAUUUCUAAUACUGGAACUUAACCACUUGUGUAAUUCAUUGUAUAAAUUGUAUUGUUUUUAAGAGAAGUUGGACUGCUUAAUUAAAAUGUAAGCUUACAAUUAUUUCAAAUAAAUUAUUGCAAAAAAAAAUUUAUCUGAACUAUGUUUUAAAUUUUUGUAAGUAGGCCUAUUUACUAAAAGAAAUUAAAGCUAUACAAAACAAUUUUGCAAUACUUAUAUGGUAUGAAUAUUUAUUGCAUAAAUAUAUGUGUGCAAGUACCUGUAGCUUGUCAAAUAUUAUUAAUUACCAUUCAUCAUCAUUCUUUUCACAAGUGAAUGAAUAAGUCAGAAAUGUACACAUUUUAUCAAUUUAUUGCAUCGAG